CACAUAAAAGCAGCAACAUGUCCUCUCCAUUGGUUGGUUUGAACCCUCCAUUUUCUGGACUCCUGUGGCUGGACCUAUGCUGGUUCAAAGUGGUCCUUAGUGAGAUCCUCUGAGCUCUCCUGGACCACAGGAGGUUGAAACCAACAAUCUUUCUCUGAGUAGGACUAUCCUCAGACCUAGUGGACUCUCAAGUUUGCAAUAUUGGAAGGACCGCCAUCAAACGCCAAGCACAGAGCCUGGGCUGAUACAAAGGCAUCCUACACGAGUCCUUCACUGAAUUUGAGGAGAAUUUUUCACAGAAGCCAUGAUGAAGCUACUGGAUCUGAUUCUGCUACAGCUGAGAGUAGUGUUAAGUUAAGAUUGAUUGCUGAAGUCAAAUCAUUCUCCAAGCGAAGUACAAAACUGACUGUAAAGUUCUUUGGAUGUCAGGCUGCGUAAGUGAAGCCCUUCAGGAAAUAGGUAAAAAUAAAUGAGACCUACUGGAACUCUUUUUUCAUUCCCUUUCCUCUGGAAGCUGUCAUUGUACACAACUGCCCAGUCACAGAAGCUCAUCUGUCUAAACAGAAUACAUUAAGUCAAACUAUAGCGCUUUUUAUGGAGAUGGAUACCAGUCCUACAUAUGUUCUUGUGCUAGAGAAUCAGCAAUUGAAGAGAGAAGAUUUCGACAUACUAGAAAAUACUGGCAUGACCUCUGCUGGCAGAGGAAAGUUAUCAACAGAUUUUAAUGCUCAGAGUAUUGAAACCUCAGCUGAAAAGCACUCUCUGCAAAGAGGCUUCUCACUAACUCAGGCUGACCAAGAAGGCAAAACAUCCAUUUCUGGAAUCUCUGAUCCUCUUAAAGUUACUGAAGAACCUCAGGCGUGGAAUUUAAAACCUGAUUUAGAGAUACCAUAUCAAGCCAAAAUCGCAUCAAUACCACUAUCUUCUUUCCCAUCUAAACUACAGCAACUACUGUCAGCUGCAGCAAAAAAUGUCUCUGAAGUAGGGCAAGCUACAGGAACAGAAUCUGUAAUUUAUAUAUGGCCAUUAAUAAAGUUAGAAGAGGCUUCCAGCUCCUUUUGGAACGAUUUUUCAAAGUCUUUAAUACCAAGCAGCCAAAACUUUCCAAGACACUGUUCUAGUCCUGAUAUAACUGAAGAUGUGAAAUGUUCCCAGAUAGCCCCAGAGAAACAAGAGCCAGCCAGAAAGACAGCAAGAUCCUAUCCUCUUAUUGUAAAAUCAUCUAACACUGGUGUUUCAGAAAUUUUGAAGUCACUCAUCACUAUGAAGAAUAAGGAUUAUAAGGAUAUGUUACCACUUUCAUCUAUCAGUCCUAUUGGAGAGCAAGUGGAAAUUCCUUUCUUUAAUGGAAAUGCUCUAAUGAUCUAUAAUAGGCAAGUCUAUCUUCUAUAUGUAAUGAGGCAUGAGGAUCUGACAGCAGAAAGGGAAAUGGUUUGCCGUCAUCCUAUGUUGCUUGUGAAGACCAUGGUUUGGCUCAUUACAUGUGGUUCUAUCCAUAACCUACCUUUCAAAGUUCCACAUCCACUGCUGCCAAGAGAGAAUGCUGUGAAACAGAACAUAAAAUGUCUUACAACCUGUGCUACCCCCACACACCAAGACAAAACAUCAAAUGAAACACAUUCCUCUUCACACGAGAUGACUACCAUCUCUCAGCCCAAGAACUGCUCCCCUUCUACUGCGAAAAUGCAGCAGUUCCUCAACAAGACCGUAUCUCCAUCCAAAGAAAGCUUGGAAAAAAGAAAUGAGGAAGAAGCACCUCAGGAUAAAGACGAACUAAGAAAGAAAUUUGGUAUUGUUAAAGAUGUAAGGGUCAAUCUCACCAGGCUAAGUCCCUCUGAACUUAAGAAGUAUAGUGGUAAAGCUCCUGCACAUAAAAGGAAGGUAACCACUAGGGAAAAGAACUGAUGAAAAGUGCCAAAUAUACUUACCUAGCCAUGUACAAAUACGAAGUAUGCUUCACCUUGAAAUAGUCAUUACACAACAUUAGCACACUUCUCAAAAAUUUUGAGCAUUUGACCCCACGAUAUAAAACAUUUUCUAUUUGAGAAUCUCACCACAGUUACUUUUAAAAUGUCAGGAUCUGUCUGUCUUCUUUUUUCUCCCCCAGUUCUUGCAAAAACUGCAGACAGAAUGCCAGCUGUUCCUGAAAUCUUUUCUGGGUCUGUAUUCUGUUUGGCACUCAUACAACUGAAACUAGAAAAAGUGCCUUCUGACCUCUUACUGACAGUAAUGGUUUGUAGUCGGUCUGUGCCAAUGUGUAUCUCAUCGGCAGAAACAGGAAGCUCUUCAUACCUGUGCUAGGCUCUUUCUGGUUUGGGCAUAUUGCUGUUCAUUUUAAGGUGCCAGAAGCACAAACCACAUAUUUAUAGUCAUUGACCUACUUUUGAAAGAGUCUUGCCCUAUGGCCUUGUUUAGAAGUAUCUUUUGGCAGUUUUGUUUGGUAUCAUCAGAGACUCUGGGAAUAGGUGUUUGCUUUCUCUAAUCCCUCAGAUUUUCAAACUCUCAGUUCAGACUGGCCUUUCGUAUCCAUUUUCUAUUUUUUUACAACAAAGGUCUUAAGACUUUCAGCAGGCAGAUCGGACAUGAAUUUCCAAAAAAACCUUUGUUCAAGUUCUUAUUCUACAGAUAAAUUAAUGACCAAUAAUGAAUUGGUAUUUCUCCUAGAUCUGUCUGUUAUCUCUUGUUCAGCAUUAAACUUCCAUUUCUGUCAAAUGGAUUUUAAACCGUCAUGACCCAACCUUUCCAAGAUCUCUGAGAAUGUUCUGCUUUUGUUGUCCCUGAAUGGGAGCAUCAUUGGUGUACUCUCAGCAUUCAUGAAAAUAUACUAUAUCUUUUCGUGAAAUAUAUCAGGGCCAGGUAAAGCAAAAAUUUCCAAAGAAUAUAUUGAAAAAGCACAGGUAAAACACCUAGAGUUUUUUACCAUUGUGCCAAUACCCUAAUGAAACAUCCAUUGCAAGAAAAAUUAGCGUUGGCCAUCAUUUCUCCUAAAUAUGCUGAGGCAGACUCUGAGAGUAGUCAAAUUUUUAUGGUAUUUCUCCAUCUAUACAUACUAUAAUUUUUCAGCAUAUGUUCCAGAAAUCAAAUAGGAUCAAACACCUAGUGAAACAUUUUAUGUUUGGAUUUAUUUUACAGCUGUUUUACACAGAUGCUUCCACUUGCUGAACUGCAGUGGAGCACUUUCAGUUACAACAAUGUUAUUAGUAGUUCUCAUUAACCUUAACAGUUAUCGUGACUGCUUUUCAAUAUUUUCUGCUGCCAUGUCUUUUUCUUUGCAGAUUAUAUUCACUUUGUUACAUUCUGUCCUUUUAUGCAGACUCUGAUCUUUGCAGUUAUACUCGUUAAAGUAAUAAAAAGAUGCUGCAUCUUUAAA